UGUUAAAGUGAAAAUCAUUUGUUUCCUGAGUUCGGUUCAAGUAUAUAACUUGGUUGAAACCGUUGAGCAGGCAUCAGUUGAGUUCCACGCUCACAGUCAAACAAAGCAAGCACUUUGUAAAGAAUCGGAAGAGACAUGCCCAGGAAUUUAUUUACGCUCCUUUUCGGAGCUACGCUAUUAACCGUCCUAAUAAUGAUGGCUCAAGCUCAGCCUGAUCCAAGUGUCCAAACCAUAGGUCCAUGGCCCACUAGACGACCAACACGACCAACUCGACCCACAAGACCACCGCCACCCACUAGACGGCCAACACCACCCACUAGACGACCAACGCCUCCAACUAGAAGACCAACACCACCCACUUGGCGACCAACACGACCCACUAGACCACCGCCACCAACAAGACGACCAACGCCACCCACUAGACGACCAACGCCACCUACUAGAAGACCAACGCCACCUACUAGAAGACCAACGCCACCUACUAGAAGACCAACACCACCCACGAGAAGACCAACACCACCAACUUGGCGACCAACACGACCCACUAGACCAACACCACCAACCAGACGACCAACCAGUACUCGAGGACCUAGACCGGCAAGAGCUGUAACUACUGCAGCACCACCAACAUGCCCGCGCAAGCCUGAAAGGUGUACCACCGCCGGUCCAUCAUUGUGCGUGCGUAGCCGAAAUGGCAAAUUGUGUCGUCGCGUGGCCAACAAAUGCGCUUUGCGUAACCUCAAUUGCCAAUCAAAGCCUCGUAACAAUUGGGUCAUUACUAACCUGAAGGGAUGCUGCAGGCUCAAGGUAGGACAACGUCCAGUUAACUGCAAGAACUUAUAAGGAAAUGAGUGUUGAACAACGAAGCGUGGCAUUUUUUUGGAACCGUAUAACUAAUUAAGAAAGUCUUUCAAAAUCUCUUAUAAGAAUUGUAAAAUCUGUUUAAAUAAAUUCAAAAAAAUAUAAUUUCAAAUAAAA